UUCUUCUUCUGGAUGCCCGAGCCGGCCGUGUCCUGGCGAUGGACACAAACAGUUACAAUGGCUCAGCGUGCAGAACCGGCCCUGGGGAAUGAAGGGCGGCCCCUUGGAGGAUCCUCUGGUUGCCAUGGCAGCCGCCAGGAGUGUGAUGAGAGCGGUCCGAGUGUUCGAAUUCGGUGGCCCUGAGGUGCUUAAGCUGCAGUCAGAUGUGUUAGUUCCUGUUCCCAAAGAGAACCAGGUCCUAAUCAAAGUCCAUGUGUGUGGGGUGAAUCCUGUUGAGACCUACAUUCGUUCUGGGACUUACGCCAGGAAACCAGCUCUGCCCUACACGCCUGGCUCGGACGUGGCUGGGGUGGUGGAGAGGGUUGGGGAGCAGGUGACUGCAUUCAAGAAAGGUGACAGAGUUUUCACCCUUGAAACACUUUCUGGAGGAUAUGCAGAGUAUGCAGUUGCUGCAGCCAACAGAGUCUUUCCUUUGCCAGACAAACUGGACUUCAGGCAGGGGGCAGCCAUUGGGGUGCCCUACUUCACUGCCUACAGAGCCCUGUUCCAGAAAGGCCGUGCCAGAGCAGGGGAGAGCGUGCUGGUCCAUGGUGCCAGUGGGGGGGUGGGACUAGCAGCAUGUCAGAUUGCCAGAGCUUAUGGUCUGAAGGUUUUGGGUACAGCAGGAACUGAGGAGGGCAUGAAUGUGAUCCUGAGGAAUGGUGCUCACCAGGCCUUCAAUCACAGAGACCCCAAUUACACAGAGAAAAUUAAGGCAUGCACAGGGCCAGGGGGAGUCGAUAUCAUCAUAGAAAUGCUCUCCAAUGUCAACCUGGAUGCUGACCUGCAGCUGCUGUCCUGCUCAGGGAGGGUGAUGGUUGUGGGCUGCAGAGGACGCAUUGAGAUAAACCCAAGAGACACCAUGAGCAGGGAGUCCAGCAUUAUUGGAGUGAGUCUGUUCCUUGCAACUGAGGAGGAGAGGCAUGAAUGUGCCACAGCAAUCCUGGAUGGUGUGGAAGCUGGCUGGCUGAAGCCUGUGGUGGGCUUGGAGUACCCCCUGGAGAAGGCAGCCCAGGCCCAUGAGGACAUCAUCCACAGCAGUGGUGCCCGAGGGAAGAUGGUGCUCCUUCUGUAAAGAGCAGCUUUCCCAUUUGGUUUGUAGCUGUUGUAACUGCACCCUGGCUUACAUGGUUCACUGUAUGUUAUAAACCUGCCUUUGAUCAUGUUUGACAGCCACUGAAAAUGCUCACUUGGAUUAAUUAGUUAACAUUUUCUUUGUGUAAUGAGCAGAGCUGCAUUUACUGUAAAAUAAUUUUGGUAGCUUUUUUGAUUAAUGUGAUCAAUUUUCUCUGCUGGUGUGCUUUGUGCUGCAGGGGGUGGUAGGGUUUGGUGUCAUGGUCCAUGUGAAGGCAGAGUGAGGCUACUGUAGGUAACACAGAAUGAAGCUGCUUUUCUGCAGGUACACAGAAUUAAAUAGCUCCCUAUGCAUGUUAAUUAGAACUGUAAAUUCUUUUAGCCACAAAAUUUGUACUCAGAUUUGCCACAUAAUUUGUACUCAAAUUUUGUCAUAUAAUUUACUUGAAAUAAAAGCUUUUACUGAGAAAAUGGCUCUCUUUUCAGCUCAGAAGAUGGGCAGAAUCUGUCAGACAGGGUGUGUUUGGAGCAGAGGCAGUUCCAAGCUGAGGUGGCAGUGUCCUGGCUCAUCCACAGGACUGUCACUCUGGAGCUGCUUCCUGGGAUUUGCCUCUGGACCUGAUGCUCAUCACUGCAGCAGCUGGAUGGAAAUGGCUGCUUGUGAGGAUCUCAGCUCUUCCUGUGACCUUUAUUAAAGUCUCCUGGAUCCCUGGC